CACCUGCAUCUGAAGAAGAACAGCAGAGGCAGCCAUGGCACUGUCACGCAGCAUGAGGGCAUGUUUGCACACCGGAAGACUCGCAGCCGUUGCAUUGUUGGCCUCUGGUGGAAUUAUAUUGCAUCUUUUGGCAUGCAUCUUGUAUAACAACUGGUGGCCAAUGUUAACAGUUCUGAUGUACCUCAUCCUUACAAUGCCAGUCAUAUUAUUCCUGGGUGCCGAUUCUCCAUCGAUGCUGUCGAAUGAGAGUGAUGGGUGGGUGAGCUUCACAAAGUUCCUGACAGGCGCAUCGGUCGUGGGGAGCAUCGCCAUCCCGUCGAUCCUGAAGCAUGCUGGCAUCAUCGGGUGGGGCGCGCUGACAAUGGAGCUGUCCUCUUUCGGGGUCUUCGGACUGGCCAUCCUGUGGUACAUCCACUUGAACAGGGAGGACGAGUACAGCAGCGUCUUCUGAUCUCCAUCGCAUCCUCUCCUGAACUAAGACACCACACCUCUGCGUGAUGUUGAUACCCGCAAGAAAGAGAGAUUGCCAACUUGUGAAUAUAUCUACAGUAUGUUUUGGAGCAAUGGUGUUUGAUCUUGUUUAUAACUUUAUAUUAGUGAAGUGGGCCUGUCCGGUUGCAUGUACAUGUUAUUCUGUUUAGGGUUUUGAUGUUCCAGUGAUGAUCUGCCUUUGCAUCAGUUAGCUGUUUUCUUGAGAUUAUUGCAUAUGUUUGCCGUUCUCUUCACCACGGACGGCUCAUCACUUUACCUUGAUUUAAUU